AUGUUCACGCACGGGUGGAAGAAGUCGUCGUGGAAGUACCUCUGGAUCACGCCGAUUGUGUAUCUGGUCGUCGCCGGGAUUGAGGCUGUGGUUUCUGGGACCAUUGUCGGAGUCAUGCUUGGCGCGGUGUAUCAGGCGGGAUACUACGAGAUGAAUACCUGGGUUCCCUGCAUAUGGGGCUUCAUCAGCGUCCUCACGCUGAUCAUAUCGUCCUUUUCGAUUCAGGGCGGCCUGUGA